AUGAUUCCUGCUAAUAUUACUAUCAAUAUCAAUUUUAUUCCUAUGCUAAAUGGUUCCAACUUCAAGUCAUGGCACAAGAAUCUUUUGAUAGUUCUCAGGGUCAUGGAUCUCGGCCUUGCGUUAAGGACUGAUUCUCCUCCAUCACUUAUAGAUAAGAGUAAAGAUUUCCUUACAGAUAUUGAAAAGAAAUUUGUCAAGAAUGAAAAGGCUGAAAUUGGUACGCUCUUGACAAAUCUCAUUUCAAUGAAGUUUAAAGGUAAAGGUAACAUCAGGGAGUACAUCCUAGAGAUGUCUCAUCUUGCUUCAAAGUUGAAAGCACUCAAACUUGAACUCUCUGAGGACCUAUCGGUGCAUUUGGUUUUGAUAUCUCUUCUAACACAGUUUAACCAGUUUAAAGUGAGCUACAACUGCCAGAAAGAGACUUGGUCUCUGAAUGAGCUCAUAUCACACUGUGUUCAGGAAGAGGAAAGCGUUCAUUUGGCUUCAACCUUUAAGGAUAAGAAAGCUACAAAGACAGUGCCACAAAAGAAACAAAAGAGAUCAAAUGAUCCUGAAGGCAAAGGUUGUUUCUUCUGUGGGGCUGAAGGGCAUAUAAAGAAGCAAUGCACUAAUUAUUUCGCCUAG